GUAAUCUCACACGUAGGAUUCACAUCACAACCACGAAAAGUCAAUGGUCCAUUGCUCCUACUCUUGUUCACCACUCCAUGUUCCUUUAUAAAUAAGCCCCUAUUUGACAAUUUCGCAACCACACUUCAACCAACAACAGAAACACCCAGCAUCAAAACACACUCAGAAAGAAAUGAAGCUAGUUUGGUCUAAAGAGAGAGCAUCCAACGCUUACAUCGACACAGUUCAAUCUUGUCAGAUUUUCCGGGAAUCAGGUGUGGCGGAGCUGAUUUCCGCCAUGGCGGCGGGGUGGAACGCGCAGCUGAUUGUCGAGACAUGGUCACACGGCGGAGUUAUCCCCACCAGCGUGGGUUUAGCCGUGGCGAGGCGCCACACGGGUGGACGGCACGUGUGCAUAGUCCCUGAUGAACGGUCGAGAACAGAGUAUGAAAAAAACAUGGCUAAGGCGGGCAUGUCGCCGGAGAUUCUGGUGGGGGAGCCGGAGGAGGUGAUGGGUGGUUUGGUCGGAAUAGACUUCUUGGUGGUGGAUUCACGGCGGAAGGAUUUUGCUAGAGUUUUGAGGGUCGCCAAGUUGAGCGGCAAGGGUGCUGUGUUGAUCUGUAAGAACGCCAACUGUAUCUCCAGGACUGGUUCGAGUUUCAUAUGGCGGAGCGUGGUGGCUGAAGGAUCGCGCCGCCUUGUCCGGUCGGUGUUUCUUCCAGUGGGGAAGGGGCUUCACAUGGCGCACGUGUCAGCCAGCGGUGGGGACAGAUCGGAGGCAAAGGUUAAGGGUGGUCGUGGACAUAAAUGGAUUAAGCAUGUUGAUCAACGAUCAGGGGACGUGCACUUUAUUAGAAGAUGAAUUCAUUUUUGUUUUUUGUCUAGAUCACUUCCUAGCAGACCCAAUUUUUACCCCUUCUGUAAAUAGAGACAGUUUAAUUUGAAUGGAGUAACAAACUGAUCAACAUAACUUUUCAA